UCCUCUCAGAAAGCAUCAGAUCAUGUAACUGGGUCAAACCAGUCAAAAGGACUUUGCUUUGCUUCAGUUUGACUUUUGUUCUGCUGUCAGUCUGAGCAGAAAAUAUUGGAGUAACAUUUGGUUAUGCAGUUGGUCAGUAUGUGUGGAAAUAUAUUCAGGCUUUCUCUGCUUUUGCUGCUGCUGGGUCAAUGCACAGCUGUUGAAGUGACUCAAGAGAAAACAUUGGAGUCCGGAGGAGCAGAUUCCACUCUUCUCUGCUCAAACCAAACACUCACUGACAUCAGUACUGUAGUAUGUCACAAAAAUAGAGUUAUACAUGAGGGUCAUGAGUGUAGAGUUUCACACGACGUUGAGUCAAAUCAGACCAACAACACUUGUGACCCCAGAGUCACACUGCAGAUAGAGAAUGACAGAGUGUGUCUACACAUCACCAACAUACAACCAUCUGAUGAAGGGAACUACACCUGUCAGUGUGGAUAUAAUGGGGGACGGGAUUAUAAAGACAUACAUAUCUCUGUCAAUGGACACCAAGUGCAACAGGCCACAGACAACGGUCUCUUCUAUUGGGGGAUGAUAACAGGCGUUGCAGCAUGUGUAGCUGUCCUGGUGUUUGGUGGCGUAAUCAUGGGGAAAAUUCAUCUCAGAUCACAGCUACAAGUGUCUGGAAACGUCAAGGAGGAGGAGCAACGGGACAUCGAACCCUACAGCACAUUCACAAGGAAAACCAAUGGGCUUUACUCAACUCUCCAGCAGCUUAACCCCUGACCCUGAUCCUCUUGCACUGUUGACCAAUGAUGACAUGGUAUUAGACACAUUUUUUGUAACAUACAGCUUAUACAGUGGAGUGGUAGAUAUACAUUUACUGUGCAUAUUUUGAUUACUGAAAAGGCCCUUUGAAAGUCUGCCUAUUGUUUUCCUGUCUGACUUGCCAUACAUCAGCCUCUCCUUCACUGUAGAUGUUCUGUGGUUGUUGUAAAUAUCAACACAUACUGUCUGCAGGCUGCACAUCUGUUAUGGAAAUACAAGUGUUAAAUACAUGUUUCAAAAUUAUAGCUGUUCUGUUGUUGCUUUCUGAUAGAACAAAGCAUGUUUCUGUGGAGAUCACCUGAUCUCAAAGUCAUAAACUUUCCACCAGGUGUCAGUGUACUGUUAUAAAACUGCCUCUAUAUUCAUACUGUAAUUUUAGAAAACAGAAUAUUAAUGCAGACAUUUCAAAUUUGUAACAUAUUGUAUGUUUUAUACACAUAUUAUUAUAAAUAUUGGUAAUAAAACAAACAAAAGAACAAUAUGUGAUUUAUAUUCUGAUUUAUUAGAACUGCAUUUCCCCAAAAAACAAAUUCAUGUGUGUAUUCUAUGUACUUCUGUGAAUGCAGGGCCUGUCUAUUAAAUGACUUAACUGUU